GUUAUCGUAUUCAGAUUCGUGUGAAUGCAGAAAGGCAAUAAAGGAGUUGUACUGGUAACCGGUGGUUCCGGGUUCAUUGGAAGUCAUACAAUUGUAGAACUAGUCAAUAAUGGUUAUUCAGUUAUCACUUUGGAUAACCUAAGUAAUUCCAGUAUUAAAUGUAUAGAACGUAUUGAAAAAAUAAUUAAUGAAAAAUUACUUUUCUAUGAAGUGAACUUAUUAGAUAAAAAAGCUGUGGAUGAUAUCUUUGAAAAACAUAAAAUUGAUUAUGUCAUACACUUUGCCGCUUUGAAAUCCGUAUCUGAAUCAAUUGAAAAGCCUAUACAAUAUUACAACAAUAAUUUAGUGGGUAUAUUAAAUUUAUUGCAGGUGAUGAUUGCGCAUAAUGUUAAAAAUUUUGUUCUGUCCAGUUCUGCUACUGUCUAUGGUGAGCCUCAGUUUUUACCACUUACGGAAAAACAUCCAAUUGGAAAUUGUCAAAAUUCAUAUGGUAAUACAAAACUUUGUUGUGAAUUAAUCUUGAAGGAUUUAUAUACGUCUGAUCCUACAUGGAAUAUUAUAAGUCUACGGUAUUUUAAUCCGGUUGGUGCGCAUGCCAGUGGAUUGAUUGGUGAAGAUCCACGAGGAAUUCCAAAUAAUCUCAUGCCUUAUGUGACUCAAGUAGCCAGUGGUUUAUUACCUUACGUAAAUGUGUAUGGAAACGAUUAUCCAACAGUCGAUGGGACAGGUGUUCGAGAUUAUAUUCACGUUGUUGAUCUAGCUGAAGCCCAUACUAAAUCAUUGGAUAAAAUCAAACAGAAUUGUGGUUUCAAGGUUUAUAAUUUAGGUACAGGGCAAGGAUGUUCUGUAUUACAAAUGAUUCAAGCAAUGGAAACAGCAAGUGGUAAAACAAUUCCUUAUACAAUAUGUUCAAGACGACCUGGUGAUUGUGCAACUGUUUAUUCAGAUGCAUCAUUAGCUCAACAAGAGUUAGGAUGGAAAGCAAAAUAUAACAUUGAUAAAAUGUGUGAAGAUUUAUGGAAUUGGCAGGUGAAAAAUCCACAAGGUUAUCUCACUUCAACACAUUCUAAUAAUUGAUUGAUUUUCUCAGGUUUUACUUAAUUUGUGCCUUUUUCUUCAUUUUCUAUUCAUGCAAUAUCUUUAGUUGCAAAAUUGUGUUUCGUAUGGGCUUUCUCUUUAAUUAAUUUUUUUUAUAAGGUUCUUUGUAUGAUGAUUUCGCUUAAUCUAAUAUGUGAAUAAAGUUUUUCUAAUAAUA